GGGAGAGAGAGCAUUCGGUUGUGUAGCCCAUUUGUGUCCGUAGGAGGCUGUGUUGCCAAGGCAUUUUCGUUCAGCAAUACAAUAAGAAUAUAGGUUGCGACUGAAAGUUGCGAACUAUCUAGCUACCCGACAUGGACUGUCACAUCGAGGAGUGCAGCCAGCCCCAGGAGGAGGAGGACGUCAUGGACAUCCCACUGGACGACCCCGAGGCCAACAAGGCAGCAGCCAAGAUACAGGCCGGCUUCCGCGGUCACAUGACACGCAAGAAGAUGAAGGACGACAAGCCGCGGGAGGAGGUGAGCAGUGAUGAGGUGCUCAACGGCAGCCAGGGGGACUCAGAACCAGCAGGAUCAGAAGGACUAGAGAGAGACGACAGCUCAGCCCCUGAACAGUGAGGUCCCCAGACUGCCCGAGACCUGCCCACCGACCGCAAUAAACACCCCCCUGCCACACCAGAACUACUUCCGACCUUCAAAUCUCAAGAAAACCAUAGAGCUAGAUUUGGAGUACAGUUUACGAUCAGUGAACUCUCACACAGCAUGCGUUUCUAAAACUACUGUUAGUGCGCUCACUGAGUACAUACUGUGUGAAUACAAGAAAAAAAAAAAAAGGUUUAUGACUGAUAAAUGUUAACGGUAUAAAUGUAACCAUUUGAAAAAUGAUUGAUUCUUUUAGGGCUUCUUACCGAUAAAUGGUAAACAGUGUAAACAUAAUUUUGAAAAUGGUUUUCAUAAUAUUCUGUCUGAUGUUCAUUUACUCUGCUACUUUGAAGCUUAAGUACAAUUAUGCAUCAAAAUUAAUAUUAACUACCGAUGCCUUUUCUAAGCUGUGUGAUUUUGUCUUAUCAGUAUACUGAAUGAAUCUGCUUUCUGUGUAUCCCAUAAUGGUAGUCACUAUUAUAUCACCAUCCUAUAUUUAUUCAGUUUUUUGUUUUGAUAAAUAUUAUGUUUUUUUACCUGACAAUUUAUUCAUCUUUUUUGUGUAUAAAUUUGGUCAUUCCUCUCCAUAACCAACUUAAACAACGUCUGGAGAAAAUGUGUGCUGAGCUAUUUGGCCCUAUUGGCUUUAAGAACAUUUCUGUCAGACUAAAACAUUUCCUGCAUCAGCAACUUUCCAGCGUAUAAGCAUGUAGUAUUACUUUUUUUGUUGGCAAAAGCAGAAAUCCAUAUCCAUACAGAAAUACAAUCUUGAUUUAUCCUGUAUUUCUGGCUUCCAGAAAAGUUUGCUUUUUAUUUAUUUGUUGAUGUAAUUCUGCGGUUUCCGUUAUAGAAGGUGGAUGAGAAUGCAAAUGUGUUGAGUGAUUUAGAUUAAGUUCAUCGGCAUGCUGCAUGUCUGAUUAUUCUGUUACCCAAGGCAUCAGUGUAAUGCUGUAACAGUUGUGUAAGGUUAAUAAAAGAAUGCAACACAUUA